GAGGAACCCUUGGAUGCGGUCGUGCAGACCCCGCUGCAAUACCAACUGCCCCAGUUUGCGGAGUUCGAGAUCGAGGUCAACUUUCGCCCGAUUGCAGUAUUUAACUCUCGCUCGCUUGGUGCUACUCUUCUCGCUUCGCUGAGCACCUCCUCUGGUUCGCAUGUGGCCCCCUAUCGUCUCUCCCCCGCAUCCCCGAUCGAUCCUCCUCUAUCCUCUCUCCUGCGCUGCCCCGAGCACGGGCAGGGCCGCCAGCGAGCACCGCUGCGGCGAAUCUUAUCCGCUUUGUGGCACCUGCCCCAAAGUGCGGAGCUCGAGGUCGAGGCCGCUUUUCGCCCGCCAGGCUUGACUGGCCAACCGUCGCCAGUCUGGAGGCGCGCUCCCGGCUUCGCUCAGCACCUCGCUGCGUUGCCCCCUCGGGUCUGCAGGUGUCGGGAUUCGGGGCAUUUUGGUUUCGGCAGCCCGUCAGAAGGGCACCGCGACUAGAUGAAGGCAGACGACGAUGAGGAUGAGGAGGAUCCCUUCGAUGCAGUCGUGCAGACCCUGCUGCAAUACCAUCUGCCACAGUUUGUGGAGGUCGAGGUCGGGGUCAACUCUCGCCCGCUUGAGUUUUUAACUCUCGCUCGCUUGGUUGUACUCUUCUCGCUUCGCUGAGCACCUCCUCUGCUUUGUGGCAAUCUCCCGUCUGGAGACACGCUCCCGGCUUCGCUCAGCACCUUGCUGUGUUGCCUCUUGGGGGGUUCGCCUGCAUCGGGAACGCGCCCACAAAGUCGACCCUAUGUUUGUGUCAUGUUUGCUGCUGCGCUAGGCCAGAGCAUGCCGCGCCCGCGCCCGCAGCCACAUUUUUCUGCAGCCACCCGUUGGCCGCCAGAAGGUUGCCUCCCUUCUCAUCCGCCUCCCUCCUCAUCUCUCCCCCGCAUCCCUGAUUUGUCCUCCGUACCCUCUCCCCUACGCUCCCACGGGCAUGGCCGCCAGCAAGCAUCGCUGCGGCUACUCUUCUGCACGCUUUUUUUUGUUGCAGCCUUCGGCUGCCACCCUUGCGCGGGGCAUGUCGCUUGCGGCAGUCUGUCCGGCGAACACGGCGACGAGAUGUAGGAGGAUAAUUCCAAAGCUGUUGUGCAGGCCUCUUUAAUCCUGCCCCAGAGCGGAGUGCGAGGUCCAGGUCACAUCUCGCCCGCCAAUUGCAAAACCCCCUGCCCCAAAGUGCGGAGUUCGAGGUCGAGGCCACCUCUCGCCCGCCAGGCUUACUGGUCAACUCUCGCCAGUUUGGAGGCACGCUUCCGGCUUCGCUCAGCACCUCGCUGUGUUGCUUCUUGGGUUCGCUUGCACCGGGAACGUGCCCACAAAGGCGACCCAAUGUUUAUGUCAUGUUUGAGCAUCGCUGCGGCUACUCCUCUGCACGUUUUUUUUUGUUGUUGCAGCCUUCGGCUGCCACCCUUGCGCGGGGCAUGUCGCUUGCGGCAGUCUGUCCGGCGGACACGGCGACGAGAUGUAGGCAGCCGACGACGUGGAAGGAGGAGGAGGAAGCCACCCGUUGGCCGCCAGAAGGUUGCCUCCCUUCUCAUCCGCCUCCCUCCUCAUCUCUCCCCCGCAUCCCUGAUUUGUCCUCCGUACCCUCUCCCCUACGCUCCCACGGGCAUGGCCGCCAGCAAGCAUCGCUGCGGCUACUCUUCCGCACACGAUGCCUCUGCACGGUGAUAAACUGCACUUUUCUGUUGGCCGCGCCGAGCGCGGGUAAGGCUGCCAGCGAGAAUCACGGCUGAUAGCUCGCAUGCAGCGCCACCCUCACCAAAAAAGCA